AUGAAAGGGGGGCGUGUCGGUGCACGUAGCUUAGUGGAAGCGCUGCUGGGACCCGCUGGAAGAGAUACAGGCUGCUCCAGAAUAGCAGCAGCAGCUGGUGGAGAAAUGGAGGUGCAGUCCUAUUAUGCCAAGCUCUUAGGAGAGCUGAAUGAACAGCGAAAGAGGGACUUUUUCUGUGACUGCAGCAUCAUUGUGGAAGGGCGGAUCUUCAAGGCCCACAGGAACAUUUUGUUUGCCAACAGCGGCUACUUCCGAGCCCUGCUCAUUCACUAUAUCCAGGACAGUGGGCGGCAUAGCACCGCCUCCUUGGACAUUGUCACCUCCGAUGCCUUUUCCAUCAUCUUAGAUUUCCUCUAUUCUGGGAAGUUGGAUUUGUGUGGGGAGAAUGUGAUUGAAGUUAUGUCGGCCGCCAGCUACCUGCAGAUGAAUGAUGUGGUGAACUUCUGCAAGACAUACAUCAGGUCAUCCCUGGAUAUCUGCCGGAAGAUGGAGAAGGAGGCUGCUGUGGCUGCAGCGGUGGCGGCAGCGGCUGCAGCAGCAGUUCAUCAGGUUGACAGUGGGAGCCCCAGUUCAAGCAAGGAGGGGACCUCCUGUGAUACUAAGAGCAUGAUCUCCUCUCCAGCUGAGGAAGAAGAGCGUGUGGAUUGUCCAAGAGAGUCCCCUUGUGGGGACUGCAGAGGCUGCCACCCCUUGGAACUGCUGGGGAAAGACAGCCAGGGCAGUGGCUCAGCUGACAGUGACCUCUCUACUCUGCCCAAACAGAUCGAGCCCAAGGUGGAGUUUGAUGCUGAUGAAGUGGAGGUGGAGGUUGGGGAGCAGCUACAGCAGUAUGCUGCCCCGCUGAGCCUGGCCCACAUGGAGGAGGGUUUGCCCAGUGGCCAGGCCGUGGACUUGGCUUACAGUAACUUCCAUGUGAAGCAGUUUUUAGAGGCCCUGCUGCGCAACAGUGCUGUCCAGAGCAAAGAUGAUGUGGACCAUCACUUUUCUCGGAGUCUGGAGGGAAGACCAGACGGCAUGGGAGGAGCCAUGACUUCCAUGAUGGAUGUCCAGGCCGACUGGUAUGGAGAGGACUCAGGUGACGUGCUGGUGGUCCCCAUCAAGCUCCACAAGUGUCCUUUCUGCCCUUACACUGCCAAACAGAAGGGCAUCCUGAAGCGUCACAUCCGCUCGCACACGGGUGAGCGGCCCUACCCCUGUGAGACCUGUGGCAAGAGGUUCACGCGCCAGGAGCACCUGCGGAGCCACGCCCUGAGCGUCCACAGAUCCAACCGUCCAAUCAUCUGUAAGGGCUGCAGAAGAACCUUCACGAGUCACCUGUCACAGGGCCUGAGGCGCUUUGGGCUGUGUGACAGCUGCACCUGCGUCACAGACACACAUGAUGACGAGGACGAUUUGAUGCCCAUCAACCUUAGCCUGGUGGAGGCUUCAUCCGAGAGCCAAGGAAAGAGUGACACGGACAAUGACUGGCCCAUCUACGUGGAGUCGGGCGAGGAGAACGACCCUGCCGGAGACGAUUCGGACGACAGACCACGAAUGCGGCCCAACCUAACAGACCGAGAGACACUCAUGUAGCAGUACCGUGGUGGGGAAGAGAUUUUAGAAUUUGUUAUCACUCAUUCUGUGGUUGAAAGCCACCAUUUGUCCAAUUUUGUGGAACCCUGAGAGGAACAUCUUUUUCACUUUUACUAUAUUUGCAUUUUUGUUAGACUAUGUAGCAGAGGUUCGAUUUUGUGACUCAAAGGACAAAUGACUUUUUAGUACGGCGCCCUUGGUUUGCUGAUGGCCUGACUGUCCCAGAUUCUGAGUGAAUCAGGGCUGGCCCUCAGGCUCCCCGCCCUUCCUGCUGUGCACCCGAACCCUG